AUGAAGAUAGUUAUGCUCACUCUGCUACUCUUUUACUCUGCACAGUCUGCUCAUAUGGCAAAGACUUCUAAUGAUACUGAUCAACAAGCUCUGAUUGGUUUCAAGGCUUCUCUCCUUUUGGAUCCAUAUAAUUCCUUGUCCGAUUGGUCUGCCAAUAACACUUUCUGCAAUUGGAUUGGUGUUACUUGCUCUUCUCGUCGACAGCGUGUGGUUUCCUUGAAUCUCACAGGUAUGGGAUUACUCGGCCCAAUCUCUCCUUUACUAGGAAAUCUUUCUCUCCUUAAAGUACUUGAUCUUUCUAGCAACAGCUUCCAAGGCAAUAUUCCAUGUCAUAUCGGAAAGCUUUUUCGCUUGAAAAAGCUUAUUCUAUCUACCAAUAAAUUGGAGCCCUCUGUCCCGUCCUGUCUUGCAGAUUGUCGGUCUCUGCAAGAUAUCAGCUUCUCUUAUAAUAAUCUGAGCGGGCCCAUUCCCUCCGAGCUUGGUCUUCUUCCACGUUUAGAAACCCUUUGGAUAGGAGAUAACAAUCUUACAGGCACAAUACCAUUAACCCUAGGUAACCUCUCCUCAUUAACUGAGUUGAGAUUGAGAAACAAUAGACUCUAUGGUAGUAUUCCUGGGGAAUUGGGUCUACUCACUAAACUUAGAUGGCUUGAUCUAGACUUCAAUUACUUAACAGGACCAAUUCCCACUGCCCUUUUCAAUUGCACUCUUCUGAACACAUUAAGAUUAGCUGUUAACCUCUUGACUGGUAACAUUCCCUGGGAGUUUGGCAAACUAUCGGAGUUGCAACAAUUGCACCUAUUUACAAAUCAGUUCACGGGAGAAAUUCCAAGUUCUCUCUCUAAUUGUACCCUUCUUCAAAAGCUUCAACUAGCGUUCAACAAUUUGACCGAUUUGUCUGCAAAUUAUUUCACUGGCAUUAUACCUUCUUCAGUUGGCCUCCUCCCAAGUAGUCUCUCCUAUUUUCUUUUGCCCUUCAAUGAAUUAGAAGGAAGCAUACCAGAUGAGAUUGGCAACCUGACAAACAUAGCAGCGCUAGAUUUAGGUGCCAACAAUUUCAGUGGCACCAUCCCAUCUUCAUUGAGUGCACUGCCUAAUCUAGAAAGAUUGAGAUUAGAUAAUAAUAAUUUACAUGGAGUAAUUCCAGAGAACUUUGGUCUUGCAAAAAGGCUGGGACUGUUGUCAAUAUGUUGCAACAUGUUAUCAGGGAAAAUUCCAGACAGUCUUGGCAGUCUUCCCCAACUAAGAGAGAUUUAUCUCCAUGACAAUCAAUUGUCAGGAGAAAUACCUGCUAGUUUAGGAAGAUGCCACACUGUGGAGCUGGUGGAUUUGGCUUACAACAAAUUUACAGGCAAGAUACCUCCAGAAGUUGCUGGUCUCCCAAAUCUCCAAUUCUAUUUCAACGUGUCCAACAAUUUAUUGCAGGGUUCUCUGUUAGAAAUGAGUAAGAUGGUGAUUGUUCUAGCUAUAGAUGUAUCUGUUAAUCAUUUCUCAGAUGCCAUUCCAAUCGCACUGCAAAGCUGCAAAGCACUGGAAUAUCUUAAUCUGUCUUGGAAUGCAUUCACAGGUCCGAUUCCGACAUCACUAGCAGAACUGGAAAAUCUUCAAGACAUGGAUCUUUCCAGCAACAAUUUGACUGGAACAAUACCAGUGGCAUUCAAAGACAUGAAAAAGCUCAGGCAUCUUAAUCUCUCUUCAAAUAGAUUGAUUGGGGAGGUCCCAAAGGGGGGAAUUUUUUCAGUAGUAACGGGUGUUUCAGCAGUUAUGGGAAAUCUUGGGCUUUGUGGCACAUGGAUAAACUUGCCGCCAUGCACUCAUAUCAGAGUAAAACAUCCACCAGACUCCAGAAAGGUAGUAAUUCCUGUUGUGGUCGCACUGCAAUUUUCAUAA